UCCUCCAGUAAAGCCCUCCGAGUAGUUUGCCGUCGUGGUGCGACCGACUCGGAUGUGAUUCUUUCUGACCAGAUGCUCUACCCACUCGAUUGACACGGGCGAGAGCAACGACUAGCAGCAAUAGCGCGACAGAGACCACGGGUAGCAGGGGAGACACGAAGUCGGAAGGCAUGGACGGAUGUUGCAUGAGCUCUGGGAGGCGAGCGCGUGCGCAUUUUGAAGUGGGCCUUUGCCUCGGCCGUUCCUGCGCACCCUCCUGCGGCAACUGCGCUGUAGAGGACAUGACAGAGGAUCACAAGCCCAACAAUGAGGAUGAGAUGCGCCGGGUAGAGGCCUCCGGGGGCGAGGUGCGGCGGCUCGACGGCGAGGUGCCCCACCGCGUCUUCCUCCGGGGGAAGAUGUAUCCGGGCCUGGCUAUGACGCGGGCGAUCGGCGACACUAUCGGCACCUCGGCGGGGGUCUCCAGCACGCCCACUGUUAGAAGUUUCGAGGCUUCGGCGAUGACUUGCUGACGGUGGGCUUGUCAGUUGGAAGGGCAAUACCGUUCACGUCGGAAGCAGCACGAUAUCACUCUUCAGCUCUUGAGACCGACGUGGGAUAGGGCACGGCAGAGGAGGACG